AUGGGGCGCCGUUCUUCGGUUCCCCAGUUUUCAAGUGUUUUUGUCUUUGAUUUGUGCCGUCGAGAUGUCGUGAAAAUAGAAGAAAAAAGGGAAAAAGAUAGAGGAAACGAUGAUGAAAAAAGAAAAAAGACCGGAGCAAUUUGUGAAGCAAUAGUUAGCUCUAACACAGAGCAUGAAGAACAAGAAGAAGAAGAAAAAAGAGACAUGAUGAUAAAAAAGCAAAAAGAAAGAAUAAAGAAAAAACAAAAAGGGAAACAGACGGACUGCGCGAUUCGGAAAAUGCCAAUUUUCCCACCACACACGGAUUAUAGUUGUCAGGCAGAAGAAGACUAA